AUGGAGCCUCGGAUGAUCAGAAAUACAAUUACUGGAAAGUCCGAUUGGCAACACCUUGUUUACUCGCCUAAGACCAACAGUUUUGAGUUGUCACUCGUGGUGGACGUUGCUAAUGGUGGUCGCGGCAUCGGCAGAAGUUCCGACCGGCGGAUCCCUAGUCGACACAUCCAUCCGCGUCUUCCAAGCCAACAAACCUAUACAUUUGCGGAGAUGGCGGAGAUAGAGGAUAAAAACUGGAGAGUCCCAAUUCCCCGAUCGGUUUUCAUGCUCUACCCACAGGCGCUGGACAUUAAACAGGUGGUGGCAAAUAUAACGAACUACCGUCCCAUAACAGAGGUACUUGUCCUUUUGUAAUAUCUGUCGUAUGAGGCGUUUAGUCCACGCCCUAACUCUUAUUCAAGUUUUAUUUGAACGCAAGUUGCAUUCAAACAUAUUCGGAUCAUACGAUUAUGUAUAUGCGGGUGCCCGUAACUAAAUAUUCUGAUGCGAGUUAACCAGGCCGCAUGAAUUUCACUGGUAAAAACCAUUAAAUAUCUUAGACGUAUUUUUUUCAUUGUUACCUGAUGCAUGUGGACGUUUGAUUUUUAAGCUACAUCUUCUUUUAAAUCACAGCUACAUUAACGGUUUAAAAGGACCUUAGAUUAAUCCUACGUAGGAGAGUUUUUAAGACGUUAUCGGAAGUGUUGACAUUUUGUAACUUUACCUGGAUUCCUCAUGCUGUCUGUAGAGUUGGUUACACGGCGCACGAUGGUCACAAGAUGGUUUCUUGUUAGUGACUCAAAGGUGUAAAGCAGCUUGACGUUGAGGAAUUAUUAAAUGCCGGUUUUGAAACGAUUGGCGCAGGGGAUUGAUGGUUGUUAAAUUCAGAGAAUUACGUAAAGUGAAUGAUUUUCAUUCAGAUUCACAGAAUAAAACGAAAUAAGCCUCAGCGUUGUCCACGUAGAAGGAAAGAAAUAGAUUGGGUUAAGAAUAGCAUUAUACGCAAACGAUCUAACUUAAUUAAAUGUCUGAUUAAAUGACCAAUUAAUUAACGCUCAAUUGAAUGUUUGGCACAGAUAUGCGGUUGGAUAAAUGUCCAGCAAAGGUCCAACACCAAGACUUUUACGAAGUAUUAAGCAGUGAUGCUGCCUUUCAGUUAGAAAUGCGACAUCGAGUUAGCUUACUCCUUUGCUGGAAAUGCUCCGAAUUCUAUCGUGGGAUGGUAGAGUCUGAUAAAUUACUACCGAAUUCACACUUUCGUCCUUAAAAUGAAGGAGCAUUAAUAAAAUGAAGAUAAGGCGGCAUUUCUUUAAAAAACUGGCCUCUGUAAAAUAAACGCAUAUUUUGAUAUCGACAUAUCAUGUACCAAUAUUAUAUAAAGAAGGCCAGCCGGAACUGGAGUCAGAGUAACCUGGAAUGUCUAUCGAUAAAUUCGCAGCCUGUGGAUUUGGACAAUAAUGUGUAAAUCAGCACAAUCGACCGUGCAUGAAGCAAUGGGGUAGUUUUUACAUUUGGCUUGAUUUUCACAAUUACAAAUAGUCUUUAAAUUUAAGAAUCUCAUGUGACACGGGAACUUACCUGAUGUAGACAUGUGCGGAAACGUUUUAACAUUUGUUUCUUUCGGUUCCGUUUAAUUUUAAAGGGAACGGUGGAAUGCAGAUAGCAAAAUUAAUGUUCCCAGACGAAAAUACACAAUUGGUUGGUUAACUCAUUUCAUGAAUUAACCCAUCUUCUGUAUAUUAAUCGAAAAACUGGCAUCCCAUGAUAUUGACUAAGAAGGAUGGAGUUCUUUGGUAAACAGAAAACUUUACUUUGUUAAUUUUCGAGACUGGUUCCCCAGCUGGUAUUCAAACUAUGGAAGUAAAAUGCAUUUAACAUCUUAACCGAUUGUGGCCAAUGACUGUAUGAUUGGCUUAAAUCUGAGCCAAUGUGUGUUAAUUGCUAUUUUUCAUCCUCUCUCGAUUGAUUGAGCCAUCUUCAAUUUGUCUUUAACGAUUUUGUAUGUGGCAUCCAGACCAAUAUGUCGGUUGAUGCAUGCUUCGUGUGAGUUCACUGACUGCCACUGACUGAGUGUUUCGGUCAACGAAACCUGAACGCGCGCAGAUUUUCUAAUACCAGAUGACAUACGCAGAUGCACGUUAAUAUCCUCAUGCAUAACCAACCGAAUGCUGGUUAUAAUUCCGAUGCAAAUAUAGACCGUGUUCGCAAACCUCAUCUUCUCCUUGAUGUUGACAGUAAGGGUGCAUCAUCCAAGGUCAGUAUAAGCUUCAGACAGUCCUCGUUGCUUUCAAUGUAAUCGACCAAAACCCAGCAGUCCAAAUUAUCUUCUCUUUGCAUUGUCUGGCAUUCAUUUCAAACAGUUUGACGCCUGAAAUCACCAGAUAAAAUGUAGUGCUAGAAUGCACUGGCUAUUCCGACAAAAAACGUGCUGAAAGUACGGCGAAUAAUAGAUUGAUAUCACCAAUCUGAACGAUACAUCAUGUGCUUUACGUGCCAUUUAUAACCCGUGGGACGUCUGUCGAAGCCAGGAGGUCAUACGUAGAUUUCGGGCACAGUCACCAUUUGCAGACAAACGAUAGCCAUGAGGAUUUGGGGCACGGUAAUGACAAUUUCUGGCUGAUUGGCCACAAACGGCCACCCAUAACUAAAUUCACUUUGUAACGUAGAGGUAAUGCCUGCGACUUUUUGUUUUAAAUCAAGUAGUACAAGCGAAUGACUAAUCAUUUAGCUGGAUCGCCUCCUCCUUCUUUGCAGGCACCAAUAUUCAAUCAGACAAUCAGAUUCCUGAAAGUCAGCUCAACUGUCUGCGUGCCGGGAAAACCAGUCAAAAGGAAUCUGGAUGCUAUUGUGAUCGUCAAGUCCGCUGUCUACAAUUUUGCAGAUCGUAAUCGCUUACGAAAUGCUUUUGGUAAGGAAAAACAGCGUGAGCCUGAAUUCCGCAUGGCUAUGGUCUUCUCCGUGGGACUACCCCGCAGCAGCGGAGGUCGGUUCUUCCAACGUGACGGCUUUAACGUCUCAUUGCCAGAUCGGGCAGGUGAGGCCAUGGAGGAGAUGCAAACAAAGAGGACAGAAGUUCUGAGAAAUCUGACAGAAGAAGCUAGAAUCAACGGUGACCUUGUACUGGGUGACUACGAGGACACCUAUUAUAACCUCAGCCUCAAAUUAUUCCACAUAUACCAAUGGGCCUCUAGCUUCUGUCGGCCGCAUUUCACCUCCCAACAACGACCUCCUGUCUUUAUCUUCCUAGAUGAUGAUUUUGCUUUCAAUGCAAGGCGUAUGAAGGUCGAAUUGGGGGCCCUCACGGACGCGCAGAUACGACGAGUGAUUUGGGGCUUGCCGCGUAAUCACUCACCAGCAGUUCGGCAUUCGUACUCAAAGCGCUGGGAAAAGUGGUCCGUCUCCAAACGUGAGAUGCCCUGGCCUUACUACCCGCAUUUAGCCCCCGGCUGUUUUUCCGUCAUUGGCGCUGAUGUUCUCCAGGAAAUUGCGCUGGCCAUGUAUUUCACCCUGCAGUUUCCAUUAGACGAUGCCUGGUUAGGCAUCGUCAUGACAAAGUUAGAUCUUGAAUUUCAAUUUCAUCGGCGCAUGUACAACAAAUGGCCUAGGGGCUGUUAG